CAAGGGGAUCCUCUCUCUCCUUUGCUGUUUGUGUUUGUGAUGGAGGUUCUGAGUAGGAUGAUUUCGGCGGCGGUUCAUAGGGGGUUGUUAGAAGGUUUCAAAAUCAGCAACACUACAGUCUCUCAUCUUUUAUUUGCCGACGACACCUUGAUUUUCUGCAAUGCUAGGCCUGCCCAGCUACGUUACUUGCGGAGUUUGUUCUUGUUGUUUGAAGCUGCUUCCGGGUUGAAGGUUAAUUUGGCUAAAUCGAUGCUUAUUCCGGUGGGGAAUGUGGAGCAAGUGGCUUCGUUAGCCGGUAUUUUAGGGUGUGAGGCAGCUCCUUUGCCAGUGAAGUACCUUGGUCUCCCAUUGGGAGGCUCUUAUAAGUCCAAGCAUAUUUGGGAUGGAGGAAAUGGUUGUGGCGCUAUGGGGCGGAAAGAGAAGCUUGGUGGAGAGUUGUGA